AUCCCAACGGUCAUUCAUUCGUCAUCUUCUCCUCUCUCUCGUCCGAGAAGCAAAGCAUCAGAGUAAAAUGCAGACCACAGCCAUAGUUCCUUCUUCAAGUGGCUCCAUUUUCUUCAACCCCCUUCUCAAUUUUACCCUUUCAAAUCCCAUAAUUCCACCCAGAUCCCCAUUCCUCUCGACCCUUGUAGCAGUUUCCGAUGGAUUGCAGGCCCAAACAUCGAUCAUUUGCGCUAGAAAGAAGAAGAAAAGUCCCGGAUUUCAGAGAUCAACCAAAUUGAUGCUUGAAUUGGCUUCUCUCUUAGUUUCCAAUCUCAAGAUCUUGCCGCCACCGCUGGAUUUAGUCGUCACGGAAUUGAGCGGCGGAGAUGGAAACGGAGGUGGUUCGCGGUUGUGGAGGGGUUUUGGUGGAGGGGGCUAUGAUGGAUGGAGAGGUAAAAGGAAGAAGAAACCAUUGUUGAUUGGGUUUUUGAUUGUUUGUGGUCUUGUUUUGUUGUUUAUGACUGAUUUUGAGAUCGAUACGGUUUGUGGUGUUCUUGGAUUUGCUUUAUUCAGUGUUGCAUUGAUUCAAUUGUGGCUGAAAAGUGGGAUUUCGAAAGAUUUCGUUUGGGGGUUUGGCCUUUUCGGCAUUUUGAUUGCCUUGGGAUUGAGAAGAUCUGAAAUGCAAAAAUGGGUUGGAAAAUUAGGGAUUUACAGUCCAAAGAUGAAGAGUUUGAGAAGAAAAAUUAGAGGCAAGAAAAUUUUCUGAGAGCGCUCUUCGAUAAACACAAUAUAUAUAUCUAUAAGUAUUUU